GCUGCGGCGCCGCCUGCUGGGCCUCAUUGAGGGCCACCGCGUGGUCAUCUUCAGCAAGACCUACUGCCCGCACAGCACGCGGGUUAAAGAACUCUUUUCUUCUCUGGGAGUUGACUGUAACAUCUUGGAACUUGAUCAAGUUGAUGAGGGGGCCAGUGUCCAGGAGGUUCUGUCGGAGAUGACCAACCAGAGGACUGUGCCCAGUAUCUUUGUGAAUAAAGUGCACGUGGGCGGUUGUGACCACACUUUCCAGGCACAUCAGAGUGGUUUAUUACAGCAGCUCCUCCAGCAGGACCCGGCGUAUGACUACGACCUCAUCGUCAUCGGCGGGGGCUCCGGGGGCCUCUCGUGCGCUCAGGAAGCCGCCGUCCUGGGGAGGAAGGUCAUGGUGCUGGACUUCGUGGUCCCAUCCCCCCGCGGCACGGCCUGGGGUCUCGGUGGCACGUGUGUGAAUGUUGGCUGUAUCCCGAAGAAGCUGAUGCACCAGGCCGCGCUGCUAGGGCAGGCGCUGACCGACUCCAGGAAGUUCGGCUGGGAGUACAGUCAGCAAGUGAGGCACAGCUGGGCCACCAUGACGGAGGCCAUCCAGAGCCACGUCGGCUCGCUGAGCUGGGGCCGCCGGCUGGCCCUGCGGGAGAACGCAGUGACCUACGUCAACUCCUACGGGGAGUUUGUUGAGCACCACAAAGUCAAGGCAACCAAUGAAAGAGGACAGGAGGCGCUUUACACUGCUGCGAAGUUUGUCAUCGCGACAGGACAGAGGCCGCGCUACUUGGGGAUCCCGGGAGACAGAGAGCACUGUAUCACCAGCGACGACCUGUUCUCGCUGCCCUACUGCCCGGGCACGACCCUGGUGGUGGGCGCGUCCUAUGUGGCGCUGGAGUGUGCGGGCUUCCUGGCCGGCCUGGGCCUGGAGGUCACGGUCAUGGUGCGCUCGGUGCUCCUGCGGGGCUUCGACCAGGAGAUGGCCGAGAAGGUGGGCGCCUCCAUGCAGCAGCUCGGCGUGCGCUUCCUGCGCAAGUUCGUGCCCGUGGAGGUCCAGCAGCUGGAGAAGGGCCUGCCCGGGAGGCUGAAGGUCGUGGCUAAAUCCACGGAAGGGACAGAGACAAUGGAGGGCGUUUACAACACGGUUUUGUUAGCAAUUGGCCGUGACUCCUGCACGAAGACGUUAGGGCUGGAGAAGAUUGGUGUGAACAUCAGUGAGAAGACGGGCAAGAUCCCAGUAAACGGCGAGGAGCAGACCAGUGUGCCCUAUGUCUACGCUGUCGGGGACGUCCUGGAGGGCAAGCCGCAGCUCACCCCAGUCGCCGUGCAGGCGGGCAAGCUGCUGGCGCGAAGGCUUUUUGGGGGCCGAUCAGAGAAGUGUGACUACGUCAACGUCCCCACCGUCGUGUUCACGCCCUUGGAGUAUGGCUGCUGUGGGUACUCAGAGGAGAAGGCUGGUGAGGUGUGCCAGGCGGAGAAUCUGGAUGUCUACCACACUCUGUUCUGGCCUCUCGAGUGGACAGUGGCCUGCAGAGACAACAACACUUGCUACGCGAAGAUAAUCUGCAAUAAACUGGACAACGAUCGGGUGAUAGGAUUUCACGUCCUCGGACCGAACGCCGGGGAGAUCACUCAGGGGUUUGCCGCCGCCAUGAAGUGUGGGCUCACGAAGCAGCUGCUGGAUGCCACCAUCGGGAUCCACCCCACGUGUGGAGAGGUGUUCACCACCUUGGAGAUCACCAAGGCAUCGGGACUGGACAUCACGCAGAAGGGCUGCUGAGGCUAGGCCCCGCCGCCCCGUCCUGUCCCGCCCCGCGACGGUGAGGCGGCACGUGCGGCUCAGGGAGCCCGCGCUGCCCGGGGACAGGAGGCGGGGCGGCGCGGGGGCCCACUCCCCGGCUGGGCUGACGGGAGGGCAGACUCGCUGCCUCCUUGACGUCUUCGCUCAGAGCCGCCAGGUGAGCCAAGACCGACCUCUGCCCGCCAGCUCCUCCGCGAGGCCUCUCUCGACUGACUCAUCCAGGCUGGCGCCCGCGCUUGCUGCUGUUUGAGCCCCUCCCUAUUGCUUCCACGGAAACAGUCUCUGUUAUGAAACUGACUCCAGUGGGCGUGCUCAGUGUGGUGAUCUUCAGAGUAAUA